UUAAUUUCCAUGUUUCAUCUUCCUCAUGUUUGAUCUGUAAAUAAAUGGAAUUAGAGAAGAAGAAGAAGAAGAACCCUAAAACCGAUUGCUGCUGCAUGUGUGGAGAUUAUGGUCUCUCUUCUGAACUCGUUAACUGCCAAACCUGCCAAUUCAGAUCUCAACACAGUUAUUGCAGCAAUGUUUACCCAAAGGCAGAGUCAUACAGAAUCUGCAAUUGGUGUUUGGUUCAAGAACUUGAUGACAAGGCCAAACACAAGACCCAGAAAUCCCCAGAUUCGAUGAAGAAGAAGAAGAACAGACGUAAUGAUCAAGAUCAUGACCGAGUCAAUAAUAUGAUAGAAGAGAUCAAGAAGAAGAAGAAGGAGAAUGAGGAUUUUGAUCAUGAUGUGGGUCGUGGACGUGAAAUUAGUGGUAGUGAUUUUGAUCAGGCCAUACAGAAAUCGAGUCCGCCGGCCGGCAGAGAUAGAGACGCCGUCGCGGUCGGGUGUGGUGACGGUGGGGUCAAGAGUCGGUUGAGUAGGAAAGCGCAGAUGAAUGUCUCUUCAAAUAAGGGUGGGGUCAGAAAGAUAGUGAGAAGGUACAAGCUCUUGGUUGAAGUCUCGGCCUCAAACUUACAAAUUUAAUAAUAAUAACGUGUUUUUUGGUAUGAAAACAAAUGUUUAUAUUAUUAGGGGGUGUUU